UAAAAUCCUGGCUCUCUUUAUUGUUUUGAAUUGGAUUCAUGACGUCUGCCUGGCCGCCGUGACGUCACACCACUUCCGGUCUCCACCCGUUAGCAGCCAUGAUGCAGGAAGGGCUGGACGAUGGACCCGACUUCCUCUCCGAGGAGGACCGGGGGCCGCGGGCGGUCAACGUGGACCUCCAGACGGACGCCACGCUGCAGGUGGACAUCUCCGACGCUCUGAGUGAGAGAGACAAGGUCAAGUUCACCGUCCACACCAAGAGCACGCUGCCCAACUUCAAGCAGAACGAGUUCUCAGUGGUCCGACAGCACGAAGAGUUCAUCUGGCUGCACGACUCCUUCGUUGAGAACGAAGAGUACGCAGGAUACAUCAUCCCCCCCGCGCCUCCCAGACCAGACUUUGAUGCGUCCAGAGAGAAACUGCAGAAACUGGGAGAAGGAGAAGGAUCCAUGACGAAGGAGGAGUUCACUAAGAUGAAGCAAGAGCUGGAGGCAGAGUACCUGGCCAUCUUUAAGAAGACUGUCGCCAUGCACGAGGUCUUCCUGUGUCGCGUGGCGGCUCAUCCUGUCCUCAGGAAAGACCUCAACUUCCACGUCUUCCUGGAGUACAACCAGGACCUGAGUGUCCGAGGGAAGAACAAGAAGGAGAAGCUGGAGGAUUUCUUUAAGAACGUGGUGAAGUCGGCGGACGGCGUCCUGGUGGCCGGAGUCAAGGACGUGGACGACUUCUUCGAGCACGAGAAGACAUUUCUGUUAGAAUAUCACAACAGAGUGAAAGACGCGUCGGCCAAAUCGGACAGAAUGAUCCGCUCACACAAAAACGCUGCGGACGACAUCAACAGAAUCGCCUCGUCUCUCUACGCGUUGGGAACGCAGGACUCCACGGACCUCUGCAAGUUCUUCCUGAAGGUGUCGGAGCUGUUUGAGAAGACGAGGAAAAUUGAAGCUCGAGUUGCAGCAGAUGAAGACCUGAAGCUGGCCGACCUGCUGAAGUAUUAUCUGAGAGAGUCGCAGGCUGCAAAGGACCUGCUGUACCGGAGGAGCCGGUCUCUUGUGGACUACGAGAACGCCAACAAGGCUCUGGACAAAGCCCGAGCCAAGAACAGAGAUGUCCUGCAGGCCGAGACCAGCCAGCAGCUCUGCUGCCACAAGUUUGAGAAGAUCUCCGAGUCCGCCAAGCAAGAGCUCAUCGACUUCAAGACGAGACGAGUGGCGGCGUUCAGGAAGAACCUGGUGGAGCUGGCAGAGCUGGAGCUCAAACACGCCAAGGGGAACCUCCAGCUGCUCCAGAGCUGUCUGGGAGUCCUGAAAGGGAACACCUAACUGUGUGACCCCGCCCACCUCCAGUUGACCACGCCCCCUCGGAUGUAGCCCCGCCCAAUCCAGCUGGACACACCCACUGCGGGCGGAGCCUGGACGGACCACUGACACCACCGAGACCUCUGGACCAGAGAACAGACAGGAAGUCUGUCGUCUUCAUCACUUACCAGACACCGUCCUCUUCCUCCUCAUCCUCCUCAUCCUCCUCCUCCUCCUCAUCCUCCUCUUCCUCCUCAUCCUCAUCCUCUCCCUCUCUCUACAGCAGCACCUGUACUCGUCUCUGCUGGUCUCUGCUGGUCUCCAUCAACUGUUUCUGUCUUUUAUUGAGUCACAAAAGUCUUGAUUCAGUUUAACGUCAACUCAGAAAAACAUCGGAUUCACUAAAGAAACACGUCUGGCUCCGAAAUUACGACUUAUUAUCUCGUUAUUACGACUCAUUAUCUCGUUAUAACGACUUAUUGAACGAGUUUAAUUUGAUAUUCUUUGACGUGUUUCAGGAAAACGAAACUUUUCGGACUCAGCCGAUGUUUUACAGUCUGUUAAGUUUUUACAGUUUAUUUUUGUUGCUUCAGUCGCGUCACUUUGUCCUCAUCUUCUUCUGUUGUCUGUCCUCUUAUUUUGGCUGUGUGUGUGUGUGUGUGUGUGUGUGUGUGUGUGUGUGUGUGUGUGUGUGUGUGUGUGUGUGUGUGUGUGUGUGUGUGUGUGU